GUCAUCGGGGAAGCUUCAUCUGACGCUAUUCAGUAUUCACAGUCAGAUGCUAUGCGCGAAUGUAUCUGUUGAAGUGAGGUGUCUGGUCUUCUUCAGAGAUGGAGUCUCAGAAUUCAAACCUUACCUGCGCCAUAUGCCUGGAGCGUUUCCGAAUCCCUGUCACCAUCCCCUGCGGGCACACCUUCUGUCAGAGGUGCAUCACCAUUCACUGGGACACCAAGAGCAAGGCUGACAUCGGACCUCAGUGUCCCAUCUGCAAUGAGGAGUUUGACACCAGGCCCAUCCUCAAGCGCAAUGUGUCCCUGUCUGUUCUGACUGAGGCUGCAAACAGCAGCGGCCCAUCCUGCAGAGAGUCGCUCAUGAGGGGAGGUGAAGGGACGAGAGCCAUGCUGCUGUGUGAUCGCCAUAAAAAGCCUCUGGUUUAUUAUUGCAGGCAGGAUAAAAUGUCUGUGUGCUGCGAGUGUGGGAUUUCAGAGUGCGAGGCCCACGAGAAGGUCAUGUUGGAGGCAGAAAGAGAAAAUCAAGAGCUACUGCUGGAAAGGAAGAGUAAAGAGGUGGGGAAACUCAUCGAAGAGACACAGAAAAGUAUAAAUGACUUGGCUGAGAAUAUCAAUCAAGCUAAGGUGACUCUUCAGCAGACUUCAGCCUGGGUCAAUGUCAAGUUCUCCACCCUGAUGAAGAUCCUGGCUGAGAAGCAGGAGGCCUCAGAGCUCUUUAUUGCUGAGCAGAAAGAGGCGGCCAUCACUGAGGCAGAGGCACGGCUAGCUGAACUCGAGGAGCACUCCCAGAAACUCAGAGAGAGCCAAGACCAGAUAGCAGCUCUACAUAACCUCUCUGAUACAGAGCUCAUCAAGGAAUCAAUGCUCAUAGAGGUUCCGCGUUUCAAAGACAUUCCCACAGACGUAACUCCUAACCUUCAAGAUCGACUAAGCGGCGUCACAGAUGUCCUGUCCCGGGUCUCCAAGCUGGUGUGUGAGGACCUGGAGAGAGCUGUGAGCACCACUGUGGGUCGGGACAAAGAUGGUUCACCUCAGGAUAAGAGGCCCGUCCUAGCUGUGGUUCCCAGUCCAGCUGCUCCGUGCCACCCUGGUGGGAAGGAGGGCCUCAGUGCUUACCGAUGCUCUCUGACCUUUGACCCCCGUACGGCAAACGGGCACCUGUUUCUGUCCCAGGAGAACCGGAGGGCGGAGCACCUGACCUCUGGUCCGCGGCUCGUCCCAGCUCAUGAAGCCCGCUUUGACCACACCUGGCAGGUGCUCUGCUUCCAGGGCUUCACCCACGGACAGCACUACUGGGAGCUGGAGGUGUCCAAGCCCUGGGCCUACCUCGGGGUAACCUACGAGGCCAUCCCCAGGAAGGAGAAGGGCAAGAGGUGCAUGGUGGGUAUGAAUGAACUGUCCUGGAGUCUGCAGCUGGACGAGCAUCAGCUCAGCGCAUGGCACAACGGCCGGCGGGAGACCCUGUCCGGCCACUCCCAUCACAGUCGCAUCGGCAUGCUGCUGGACUACGAGGCGGGGACGCUCACCUACUACGGAGACGGGCAGACUAGGCUCCACGCCUUCCACUGUGCCUUCACCCAGGAGUUGUUCCCCGCCUGCUGGAUAGGAGAAGGGGUCAGCAUCACCCUCUGCUCCACAUGAGCUGACUCAUAAAGAGAAGUGAAGAAUGGAGCUCAGUGAUAAGAAGCACUAUCACACAUCAGCACUAGCUGACUCAGCAUAGAGGAUCCCCCUUAACCAAUUAGGAGUCUUGUUUUUUUUUCCUCUUUUUACAAAGACUGCCUUCCUACAUUGUUUUAAGCAGAAGAAGUGACUGUGAUGGGCUUUCUCCUCCCAGAGCUGACCACCUGGCUUUGGCUAAUUCACAGUAUUGCCUAACAUAUGACAAUGACAUAGCUGAGGAAAUGGUCACACACUCUAAAGGCCCUUAGGGUUCUAGUUUAAGGACUGCACUACUUCAACCUGGUUUGUUUUUUUUUCUUCAUAGUAUGUAUGAAAUAAUCUUGAGUUUUUGAUAGAUCUCCUCAACUCUCUGUGACAGAUUAUUGUACUUUCACUACACAAAACGGAGGUUCCUUGCUCCAUAGCAGGGGAUUAUUCAUUUAUUACAGGUGUUUUAUGCACACAGGCAAAUGACUCAGUCUAAAUUCAAAAACUCAUUUAAGGUCAAGUACGAGCCAAAACUAAAAAUUACUCUCACACAUGCACAAACCUCUCCCUGUUUUCCUGAUUUUUUUUUUUUUUUUUUUUUUUCAUCGCUGGGCAGAAUUCAGUCCACAGAAAGAUGUGAGCCAGUUCAUAAAGUGGUGCAUACAGGACAAUAAGCCACUGCAGAGUAUAGAGAGCCUGUUUCAAUUUAUGAGACAUUGUCCUGUUAAAGUACAAUCCCUACUAAUGCCCCAUUGGUGAUGUAAGUGAAACCAAAAUGCUGUGGGCUGUACAUUACUACUGAAAAUACAGAACUGAAAGUGGAAUGCCAUAUCAUCUUAGGGUCUUAGCAUGAAUACACAAGCAAAUCCCAAACAAAUCACCUGACCUGUUCUGUUUUACACCCGUGAUGCUGACAGAUGUGAAGGAAUCUGCUGUACUCUACAGAUGUUUUUACAAUGUUUUGUUUUUUUAAAUCAUGAGCACUUAGCAAGCAUAGCUGUGACAUUUGAAAUGUUGAGGUACUCGAGGCUCAGGACAUCAUGCAUCAGUCUUUGGGAAACUGCUGUGGAUUUGCACAAGUUGCCUAAAGUGCAGACGAGGACUACUGAUUCAGACCGAGAAAGGAGAAAAGCACAUUUCCAGGCUGUUUUGGCCUGAUGGCAUAAAACAUAC